UUGCAUAAAUUUUUAACUAACAUCGAUUUUUCAAAAAUUAUCGCUCAACAAGCUUCUCUUUAUAUCGUAACGCGUAAAGGUACAAAGUCAGGUGACGAGUUAUGAAUCCGAGGAGGAAUAUGAGGAGGAAGAGGAAACGGUUAGUAUUAUGGAGUCGAGCAUUGCAGAACCAAUCGUCGAAGAAUUUGAUUCUGAUUUUUCGCAGGUCGAGGAAAUUCCGGAAUCAAAAACAAACGGUAUCGACAAACCAGAUACAAAGAAGAAGGAGGAAACAUUCAACAAUGUAGAAAAGAUCGAGGAGAAAAAAGUUAUCAAGAAAAAGGUAGAAGAGAAAAUCGAGGAAAAAGACCAAGAAAAGAAAAAGACUUUGAAGAAAAAGGAACCAGAUUCCAAACCAGAGUCCAAAGAUGUCUCUCGGGAAACUACACCAAAGCCUGAGAAAAAGACGACCACUCGAAAACAAUCAGUUUCGAGGGUGGAAGAACUUCGCACAGAAAGUCGACGAAGCUCUAUUUCCAAAUCUGAAGAAACGAUCUCCCGAGAAGGUUCAAAAACACCCGAGAGACGCGUUUCAAUGCAACAGGUUGAAGAAGAAGUCAAGACCGAAAGUAGACGUUCCUCAAUAAAAACAGUUGAAAAGAAAAAGGAACUUCCAAGGAGACUCAGUGACACUAAGGGAAAACCAAAUCAUAAAUCCUUGAAGAUAGAACCUGAUGAAUUAAAGGUGCAACUUAUUAAAAAAACAAAAUCUGUAGAAGAUGGAGAUAUUGAGGAGUCACCCAAUGAAUAUAUAAUUGUUAUUGAGAAUCCCGACACUGAAAAUGAGGCUGAUGAUUCAAUUCGAUCAGAACCGAAAAGAAAAACCUCAUUAGAUAAACGACCAGUACCACAGUGGGAAGCUUACACAAGACACGAAACAUCUGUUGAAACCUCAAUAGCCGAAGAUUCAGAGGAUACUUUGAGUCGUCGCACAUCUAUUGACACACUUAUCGAUGAGGACGAUAUGAAACCUGAAAGGAGAAUUUCGAUAGAUAAAAUUCAAACUCCUAAGGAAAAAAAUAAUUUCAUUAAGGAUGAACCAAUCACUAAACGUAAACCAAGUCUUCAGAAACCACAAGAAGAAAAGGAGGAAACUUCAGUAAAGACUAAAACAACAACAACACGAGAAUCUAUAGAUGAAAAGAAACGAGAUUCUGUCAAAAAGACCAAACCGGAAGAAACGAAGAAAGACGAAGUAAAGCCAAAAGACAAACUUACGGUUGAUGGUACAAACGGAGUAAUUGAGGACCAAGCACCAACUAAACGAAAAACAUCUAUUGGCAAACCGACUGAAGCCAAGGAUACACCUACACCUUCCCGACGAACAUCAACACACACUUCUGCUGACGAUAAGGAAAACUGUGAUCUGUCCCGUAAAUCGUCAAUUACUCUAGUGACAGAAACUGAGGGAUCACGCGCUUCUUCUUGUAAAUCUUCAUUCAAUUGGCCUGAAGAAGAGGAUAUUUACGUACCGACAGCUAAACGUGGAAUAAUAGAGGAUGUAAAUGAUGUAUCGCGUAAAUCGUCGAUUACUCAAGUAACAAUAACAGAGGAUACUCGCGAUUCUUCUCGAAAAUCGUCAUUUAGUUGGCCGGAAGAAAAUGAGGACGUGUACGUGCCACCACGAAAACUUGAACACAAAGAGGAAAAUCUUUUAAAGCCACGUAAAGAUUCGUUAGCAAAGGAUGAGAAACCGAACGAUAAAGAGAAAACACCUUCGCGAAAAACUUCUGUUGCAAAUGAAGUAGUAACAAAAGAGGAAGAGGAUAAACCAAAAACUAAGAAAUCGUCUCUUACGUCUUCGGAUGAUAAAAAGGUAAAGAAAAAGGUUGUUAAGAGAACGUCCGUCAAGAAGAAAAAGGAAGAGGAUAAAGAUAAAAUUACAAACGGUUCUUCUCCUCUACAACCGGAAAAUGAGAAGGAAAAUGACAAACCACAAGAAUCUUCUCUUAAUCUUACGGAAAAAAUUGAGAAAGAUGAACCAGUUAAACCAAAGACAGACCUUGCCAAAAAGGAUGAGCUAAAGGUUGAACCUACACCUAAACCUAAAACAACUCUGGGUAAACCGGAAGAACCCAAGACGGCAGAACCGGUACCAAAACAAAAGGCUACACUCGGCAAACCCGAAGUACCAAAGAAAGAUGACGAAAGUAGAAGAACUAGUCUUAAACCCACAAAGACCCUCGAGGAGGAGAAGAAGGGCCUCAACAAAGUGGAAAUGAAAAAGGAAAACAACGCCGAAGAAAAACGAAAGCCAGCCAGACCACCUAAACAGGAAUUAAAAGUUGAAAGCUUUCAGGCAAUUCAACUGAAACCUGUUAAAAAAUCUGUGAAAGAACCUGAAAAAGUUGAAAAUGGCACUAUUGAACUGAAGAAAGUGGAAAAACCGGAGAAACAAGAGAUUAAGAGGGUGAAAGCGCCGAAAGCAUCGAAACAAAAGGAUUAUGAACUUCCAGAGAUACCUGAUUAUGAGAGACCUGUUCUUGAAAAACCGCAAGAAUUUGAAUUUGCUGACUAUGCUGGAAGAGAUAAGACGAAACUUGAAAGACCCACGACUCAGCCAAAAGUACCGGAAAUCAAGACACCUGAAAUUAAAGCACCUGAGAUUAAAACACCGGAAGCGCCUAAAAUCGAGGUCAGCAAAAACGUAUCGCCUGUCGCUAGUCGAAGGGGUUCGAUUAUUAUUCCACCGGGAAGUGGUUCUGGCAGUCGGCGAGGAUCUCUUAUUCCUCCGGAAGAAUUAGGACGCAGACCCAGUCUUAUCAUCAGUGACGAGGAGAAUAGAAAGCUGCGCCCUGGUGAGGUGGUCGAUGAGCGCAUGAAGGCGGGAAAGUUACGUCCCGGCGAGGUGUUAGAUACAAAGUCCCGCGGACGUCCUGGCGAGCUUCAAGAUAAGCGACGUCGUCCCAGUGCGGACGUUAGAAGACCAAGCGUGGCGGACCUUGAGAGUAAAAUCAACAAGCCAAGCACACCCCUUCGAGAUGUUGGAAAACCAGGACCACCUCAAAUUGUCGACUAUCAAGAGUCUUAUGCUGCCACCGAAGAUCAAACGGCAGUCCUCACAGUCGAAGUUGAAGGAUCACCGGCACCAACAUUCAAAUUCUACAAAGGAAUCACUGAAAUUGUCGAAGGAGGUCGAUUUAAAUUCUUCACCGAAACUGAAACCAAUACCAUUUCUCUUUGCAUUAAAAAAGCAAAGCCCAACGAUGAAGGCACUUACAAAAUUGUUAUCAGCAACAUCCACGGAGAGGAUUCGGCAGAUUUACAACUUUACGUCUCCGACUCCAGUGGAAUGGACUUCCGAACAAUGCUCAAAAAGAGAAAAUACCAAAAGUGGGGAAUACAAGAUCCAGAUAAGGAGCAAGUUGACCUCAAGGAAGUCGAGAAACCAUUGCCUGCUCUCAAGAAAGUUGAGAGGAAACAAGAUUCCUUCUUGAAACCACUUGUGGACAGACAUGCGAAGGAAGGAAAAGACAAAAAGGUCGUUUUCGAGGCCAAUUUCUCAAAACCAAAUUGCAAACCCAAAUGGUUCUUCCGUAAAGAUGAAUUAUUCCCUUCAUCAAGAUAUAAAUUCAAGAACGAGGAAGAUCUCUAUCAACUUAUCAUCUCGGGUCCUAAAGUCGACGAUACUGGAAAAUACACAAUCGAAAUUGGCGGAAUUUCCUCGACUGCUUUCCUUACAGUUGAUGAACCUGAUCCUACUUACAAUUUCGUGAAACCAUUGGCGAAGAAGACGAGUGGAUUCACAAAGCACGAGGCUUAUAUUGAAUGUACUGUCAAUUCUAAUAUGGCCAAAGUUGAGUGGUUCAAAGGAGAAAAGAAAUUGGAGGAUGGAGAUAUUUACAGCAUAUCGAAAGAUAUGUCAGGUGUCUGUAGAUUGGCAAUUAAAAAUGCAACUCUAGAAGAUAGUGGCGACUAUUCCUGUAGAAUUUGCAAGCAAACAGAUAGAACAGAUACAGUUCUAACCAUUGUUGAAUAUCCGUACAAAUUCGUGAAGGUCUUGAAACAUCAAACGGCAACUGAAAAAGAAACCAUAACUCUUCUUUGUGAGCUCGACGAUGCUGCGGGUGAAGUGAAAUGGUUCAAAGGUGAUCAAGAAAUUCAGUCCGACAAGAGGGUGCAAGUAAAAGAGGAAGGAAGAAAACGAAAAUUGAUCAUCAAAGACGCAAAAGUCACCGACGCUGGAAUGUAUUCUUGCGUGAGCAAUGCCGACAAAACUGAAGCUGAACUCAUUGUUAAUUACUUGAAUCGCUUCAAUAAGAAGCUAAAGGACACGACGGCGAUCGAGAGGGAAAAACUUGUUCUCGACGUGGAACUUCAGGAUCAGACGGCACCAGCCGAUUGGUUCUUCAAUGGAAAGAAAAUUGAGCCCAGCGAACGUGUUGAAAUUAAAAAUUUGGGCGGUGGAAAACAUCAACUCGUCUUCAAUAAAUUGGAAAUGGGAGACGAUGGUGAAAUUACCUGCGAAAGCGGGGAACUCAAGAGCAGUUGUAUACUCACUGUGAAGAAGGGCGAGAGUAAACCAAUUCCUGAAAUUCCCGACAAAGUCGAAGGUCCUUGCAGUGCGCCCAUCUUCUUCACUGUGCCAUACAAAAUCGAGGGCACGAAACAAACUCCGGUGGAGGCGAAACUGAUGAAAGACGGCAAAGCCCUGCCACUUAAGGACGUCGAAAUUGUUGUUGGAGAAGACAAGAUCACUUUCAAGAUCAAGAAACCUCAGCAUGAUCAAACUGGCAUUUAUCAAGUAAAAGUCAGCAAUGGACAAGGAGAAGAAGUUAAAGACGUUUUCGUCAAUAUGCAAGAGGUUCCAUCUCCACCGCUCGAUGUCGAUGUCAAUGAAGUAUUCCAGAGUUCCUGUGUCGUUUCCUUCAAGCCAAGCAAGGACGACGGUGGUUCACCAAUAACGAAAUACGUCAUCGAACGCCUCGACAUGAGUCUCAAAUCACAAUGGGACAGUGUGGGUGAGGUAGCGCCUGGUGAAAAAUGCGUUUACAAAGUCGAAGAUCUGGUGGCAAAGAAGGAAUACAAAUUUAGAAUCCGAGCUGUAAAUAAAAUCGGUUCCAGUGAACCUGCCCUCUUUGCCAAACCCGUUUUAGCCAAAGAUCCAUGGGACGAACCCGGUAAGCCGACGAACGUUGAGGUCGUCGACUGGGACAAGGAUCACGCGGAUCUCACCUGGAUGAAACCAGAGAACGAUGGAGGUGCACCAAUAACGGGCUACAUUAUUGAAUACAAGGAGAAGUUUGGAAAAGAAUGGGUGAAGGGCAAAGAAAUUGAUGGCGAUGUCACCAAGGCAACAAUCGAUGGACUCAAAGAGGGAACACAAUACGAAUUUCGAAUUCGAGCUGUUAAUAAAGGCGGUCCUGGUGAACCGUCCGAUGCAACGAAGCCAAUAAUUGCCAAAAGCCGUUUCGUCAAGCCCUACAUUGUCGGCGAUGGUCUCACGAAUCUCGUCGUUAAAAAGGGCCAAGUCAUCAAGUACGACAUUAAAUAUGCCGGUGAACCAGAACCCGAGGUCCAUUGGUUCCUGGGCGAGAAGGAACUCGUUCAAGAUUCAGCCGAGAGAAUUACAAUCGACAAGUACGAAUUGAACACUGUUCUCACAAUUCGAAAGACAACGCGACCCGAUUCUGGAAAAUACAAAUUGGUAUUGACCAACAGUUCAGGCACUUGCGAGAGUAAAGCCGAUGUCGUUGUUCUAGAUAAACCGUCAAUGCCAUUGGGACCAUUGUUGGCCGAAGAAGUGCGCUCCGAUCACGUGACAGUGAAAUGGAAGAAACCGGAAGACGAUGGCGGAACCGACAUCACGGGAUACGUGCUUGAAAAAAUGGAUAUGGAAACUGGACGCUGGAUACCAGCUGGUGAAGUUGGACCCAAUGAGGAUACGUUCACCUUCCAGGGUUUGACUCCAAAGAAAAAUUACAAAUUCCGCGUAAAGGCUGUGAACAAGGAGGGUGAAUCUGAACCACUCGAGACGGAGGAAGCCAUCAACGCGAAAAAUCCCUACGACGAGCCUGGCAAGCCAAGCAAACCCGAAAUCUUCGAUUAUGACAACGAGAGUGUGUCUUUGAGAUGGAAAAAGCCGGACAGUGACGGUGGCCGACCAAUUACUCACUACACUGUUGAAAUGAAGGACAAAUUUUCGCCCGAUUGGGUCGAAGUUGCAAAAACAAAAGACGACAAUCCGGAAAUUAAAGUCGAUGGACUUAAGGAAAAAAUGGUCUAUCAAUUUAGAGUACGAGCUCACAAUAAGGCUGGAUCUUCUCAGCCUAGCGAGCCAACUGACAAUCAUGUUUGCAAACACAAAAAUUUGAAACCAAGAAUUGACAGAACAAACUUAAAAUCCAUCAUUAUCAAAGCCGGACGUACUCACAAAUGGUCAGUGGAUGUUAUCGGUGAACCUCCACCAGAAUGCAAAUGGAUUUGGAGGGAUAACAUCCCCCUGACAAACACCGAACGGAUAAAAAUUGAGAAUGUCGAAUAUCAUACCGAUUUUACUGUUAUCAACGCUGUGAGAAAGGAUACUGGAAAAUAUACUUUGGUCGCUGAGAAUGUUAAUGGAAAGGACGAAGAAACAGUUGAACUCACAGUUCUCAGUAAACCGGAUCCACCGAAAGGACCACUCGUUGUGUCUGACGUCACGAAAACAACAGCUAAGGUCAAAUGGGAAAAGCCCGAGGAUGACGGCGGAAGUCCCAUCAAGGAAUACGAAAUCGAAAAAAUGGACACAAGAACCGGCAAGUGGGUGCGUUGCGGUAAAAUUCCCGGCAAUUCGCCCCUCACUGAAUUCGAAAUCACUGGACUUAAUCCAGGAAGUGAAUAUAAAUUCCGUGUCACUGCUGUCAACGAUGAGGGAGAUUCGGAGCCUCUUGAGAGCGAGCGGGGUGUGAUUGCAAAGAAUCCAUUCGAUGAGCCAUUGAAACCGGGAACUCCUGAUAUUGUUGAUUAUGAUAACGAAUCAGUGACCAUCAAGUGGGCCGCUCCAGACUUCGAUGGUGGUGCUCCGAUUGAGAAGUACAUCAUCGAGAAGAAAGAUCGUUACAAGCCGGACUGGGAGAAAGCCAUUGAAGUUUCUGGCAGUGAACUUACAGCUAAGGUUCCCGAUUUGAAGGAAAAGGGCGAAUAUCAAUUUAGGGUCAUUGCUGUUAACAAAGCUGGACUAUCGCCACCUUCAGAUGCCUCAAAGAUGCAGAUCUGUAAAUUCAAAGCACUAAAACCAAGAAUCGAUCGAACAAACUUGAAAACAACUAUUGUCCGAGCCGGAAAGCCUAUCAAAUUCGAUGUUGACAUUCGAGGUGAACCACCACCGGAAGUCACUUGGUACCAAGUGGGACAAGUCGUGAAAACCGAAGGCAACAUUGAAAUCGUCAAUGUUGAUUACAACUCAAAAUUGAACAUCACCGAUUGUAUACGAAAAAAUACUGGACUCUGGAAAAUUAAGGCUGUCAAUCCUCACGGCGAAGAUGAGGCUGAAGUUGACAUCACUGUCCUUUCUGCACCUGGAAAACCGAAAGGUCCACUUAAAGUAUCAGACAUUACGAAGAAUGGCUGCAAGCUCAAGUGGGAAAAACCGGAAGACGAUGGUGGUAAACCAAUCACCGGUUAUCAAGUCGAGAAGCUAGAUAAAAAUACAGGUCGAUGGGUGCCUGUUGGUCGGACAAACGACACCGAACUGGAAGUCAAAGGUCUGCAGGAAGGUCACGAUUACGAGUUCAGAGUGAAAGCACUCAACGAAGAGGGCGAAUCUGAACCAUUGACAACCGAUGGAUCAAUUAAGGCCAAGAAUCCAUUUGACUUAUCCGGAAAACCUGGAACUCCCGAAUUAGAAGACUGGGACGUUGAUCGCGUCGAUCUCAAGUGGGAACCGCCAAAGGAUGAUGGCGGUGCUCCCAUCACUGGAUAUGUUAUCGAGAAGAAAGAGAAAUUGGGACACUGGGAAGAGGCUUUGGUCACUGAUUCCCCUCUGCCGAAGGCUCGUGUUCCUGGAUUAAAGGAAGGUGGCACUUAUCAAUUCCGAGUUCGUGCCGUCAACAAAGCCGGUCCAUCCGAACCCAGUGAACCAACCAAACCUCAUAUUGCCAAAGCUCGUUUCUUGAAACCGUUUAUCAAUCGUGACAAACUGGGAACAGUGAAAGUACGAGCUGGUCAAAUAGUCAAACUUGACGUUGAUGUCAAGGGUGAACCGCCUCCAACUAUCACCUGGAGUUUCGGUUUGAGACCCCUCGCCACGAGUGCAAAUGUCAAAAUCGAAAAUGAAGAUUACAACACUAAACUUCAAAUGACAAAUACCACUCGCGCUGACACUGGAAAAUACACAAUUAAAGCUGUCAAUGAUUCCGGCCAUGACGAAGCCGAUGUCGAAAUUAUUAUUCUUGACAAGCCUGGCAAGCCUGAAGGACCGUUGGAGGUGACCGACGUCCACAAAGAAGGUUGUAAACUCAAGUGGAAGAAACCUAAAGACGAUGGAGGUCUUCCUCUGAACAGUUAUAUUGUCGAAAAAAUGGACGUCACCACUGGACGAUGGGUACCAGCAGGAACUGUUCUUGAUCCUGAGAAAACGGAACACACCGUCACUGGUCUAGAACCCGGAAAGAAAUACGAAUUCCGCGUGAAAGCUGUUAAUGAAGAAGGAGAAUCGGAACCACUCCAAACGGAUACUGCCAUCUUGGCUAAGAAUCCAUUCGAUCCACCGCCAGCGCCAGGUCUUCCAGAAAUUGUCGACUGGAACGAGCACAUGGUGAAACUAAAGUGGGAACCACCGAUCAGAGACGGUGGUGCUCCAAUUACCGGUUAUAUUAUCGAAAUGAAGGACAGAUUUGGUACAAAUUAUGUUAAGGCCGCCGAAGUAGAGGGUCCAAUUUGCACCGGAACGGUACCGAGAUUAGAGGAAGGAAAUCAGUAUCAAUUCCGAGUUCGCGCUGUUAAUAAAGCCGGACCUGGUGAACCCAGUGAGGCAACUAAUCCACACACCGCUAAAGCCAGAUACUUGAAACCGUACAUUGAUCGCACAAAUCUUCAACCACAAAUGAUUAAGGUUGGUCUGACACUGACAUUAGACGUGAAUAUCAUUGGCGAACCACCACCGAAAGUUACUUGGUCCCUCAGAGGCGAAGAACUCACAAAUGAUAACGAUUUUCGCAUUGAUAAUGUCGAUUAUCAUACGAAAUUCAUCAUUCUCAAGGCGAAGCGAAUGCACACUGGUCGAUAUGUUAUCAAAGCGGCAAAUGAAGUUGGUGAAGAUAUCGCCGAAGUUGAUAUCACUAUUCUUAGUAAACCGUCCAAACCACAGGGACCUCUCGAAGUGUCGAAUAUUACAAAACACGGUUGCAAACUGAAGUGGAAGAAACCAGAAGAUGACGGAGGCAGUCCAGUUGAAUUCUAUGAAAUCGAGAAGCUCGAUCCACUGUCAGGACAAUGGAUUCCUUGCGGUCGAUCAACAGACCCGGAAGCAAAUAUUACCGGCUUGUUAGAGGGCAAACCUUACAAGUUCCGAGUUAAGGCUGUGAAUAAAGAAGGCGAAUCUGAAGAAUUGGAAGCCGACAAGGCCAUCAUCGCCAAAAAUCCAUUUGACGAACCUGGUAAACCCGGUAGGCCAAAGAUCACCAAUUGGGACAAGGACUUUGUCGAUCUUGAAUGGACUCCACCGGAAAGUGAUGGUGGUGCACCAAUUGAGAGAUACGUGAUUCAAAUGAGAGACAAAGACGGUAGACAAUGGAUUGACGUUACCAGCGUUCCUGGAGAUCGCACAGACGCCAAGGUCAAUGAUGGUAUUGAAGAGGGUCACGAAUACGAAUUCCGAGUCGUUGCUAGAAAUAAAGCUGGACCUGGAGAACCAAGUGAUACAUCAAAGAGCGUGAUUGCCAAACCCCGUUUCCUGGCUCCACACAUUGAUCGCAAGAACUUGCAAAAGAAAGUCAUGCGAGUUGGACAAAUGCUGCGAAUUGAAGCUGAUGUUAAAGGAGAACCGGCGCCGAUUGUCACCUGGAAGCACAAUAAUCUCGUUUUAAAAACACAAGAUCGUCUCAAAGUUGAGAGCGAGGACUAUCACACAACUUUUAUGUUGAACAAAUUGCAGAGAUCAGACACUGGUAUCUAUGUUGUCACAGCGAAGAAUGACAGUGGCACCGAUGAAGUUGAAGUCGAACUACAGGUUUUGGGCAAACCAAGUAAACCUAAGGGACCACUAGACGUUUCGGAUGUGACAGCCGAAGGUUGUAAAUUGAAGUGGAACAAACCAGAAGACGAUGGCGGCGAACCGAUCGAUCACUACGUCAUUGAGCGUAUGGAUGUUGACACAGGCCGCUGGGUACCUUGCGGAACGAGCAAAACACCAGAAGCGGAAAUCGGUGGCCUAAACGAAGGCAAAGACUAUCAGUUCCGGGUUAAGGCCGUCAACAGCGAGGGCGAAUCCGAACCUUUGGAAACCGCCAUUCCUACGACUGCCAAGAAUCCUUACACCGAACCUGACGAGCCAGGAAAACCAGAAUUGAAAGACUGGGACAAGCACCACGUCGAUUUGAAAUGGACACCGCCAAAGAAGGACGGCGGCGCGCCAAUCGAAAAAUACAUAGUCGAGAAGAAAGAUCAAUUCGGAAAAUGGCAAAAGGUCGCCGAAGUUCCUGGACACAAGACAGAGGCCAAAGUGGGCGAUCUCAUCGAAGGACAAAAGUAUCAAUUCCGCAUAAAGGCGUUGAAUAAGGGAGGACUCAGUAAACCGAGCGAACCCAGUGAUACAUUAAUUGCAAAAGAUCGUUUCGCACCGCCGAAAAUUGAUCGCACGACAUUGCGUGACAUCACCGUCAAGGCUGGCAAUCACAUUCGUCUUGAUGUCAAAGUCUCCGGUGAACCACCGCCAACGAAGACUUGGUACCUGAAUAAAAAGGAACUCGAGGACUACAAGGAUGGCGUCGCCAUUGAACUCGAGGACUACAAGACGAAAUUCGUCAUUUCAUCGGCUGCUCGAUCGCACACGGGUCACUUGACUCUUAAGGCGGAAAAUAGUUCCGGCAAGGACGAAGCGACGAUAAGCGUGACAGUGUUGGAUAGACCGGGUAAACCGGAAGGACCACUGGAAGUUUCGAAAAUCCAUAAGGAAGGUUGUAGCUUGAAAUGGAAUCCACCUUUGGAUGAUGGUGGUGUGCCGAUCGAUCACUAUGCGGUUGAGAAAAUGGAUACGACCACAGGUCGCUGGAUACCUGUCGGUCGUACACUUGAGCCGAAAAUGGACGUGGAAAAUCUUGUUCCUGGUCAAGAGUAUAAAUUCCGUGUUGUCGCUGUCAAUGCUGAGGGAGAAUCUGAGCCCCUUGUUACUGACGUUGGAAUCAUUGCCAAGAAUCCAUUUGACGAGCCUGGAGCACCUGGCCGUCCGGAAGCAACUGAUUGGGACAAAGAUCACGUUGACCUUAGAUGGACCCCACCGGUAACCGACGGUGGAUCUCCAAUCACUGGUUACGUGAUUGAAAAACGCGAAAAAGGCAGUCCAAAAUGGAUCAAAGCUGGUGAAGUAUUUGGUCCCGAUUGCAAAGGUCGCGCUGACAAUUUAGACGAAGGAGUUGAAUAUGAAUUCCGCGUCAAGGCUGUGAAUGCUGCUGGUCCAGGUGAACCGUCUGAUGUGAGCAAGGGCAUUGUCGCCAAGUGUCGAAGAAUGCCUCCGAAAAUUGAUAGAAGAAACCUGCGGGACCUCAUUGUUCGCGAAGGUGAACCAAUUCGUUUCGACGUUAAAGUUUCUGGUGAACCAGCGCCGGACGUUAGUUGGUUGUUGAAUAAUAAGAGCAUUCAGCAAACCACUUAUCGUCGAGUGGAGAAUGUGCCAUACAAUACUAAAUUCUUCAAUGAAAAACCCGAGCGUAAAGACAGUGGAAUUUAUAAAAUCACAGCUUCCAAUCAAUACGGAACUGAUACUGCCGACGUUGAAGUCACUGUUGUCUGCAAACCCGAGAAGCCGGAAGGUCCAUUGGAAGUGUCUGACAUCCACAAGGACGGAUGUACACUCAAGUGGAAGAAGCCGAAAGACGAUGGCGGCGAGCCAAUUGAAACCUAUCUGGUGGAAAAAUACGAUCCAGAAACGGGAGCUUGGGUUCCUGUUGGCAAAACUUGCGGAACUGAAAUGAAAGUCGAUGGCUUGACUCCCGGUCAUGAGUACAAGUUCAGGGUCAAAGCGCAGAACAAGGAAGGAGAUUCGGAACCACUCGAAACUUUCGGAUCUAUCAUUGCUAAAGAUCCAUACACUGUACCUUCAGCGCCCGGAGCACCCGAACCUGCAGACUGGACAGCGAAUCAAGUGGAUCUCGUCUGGAAGGAGCCGGUCAGCAACGGUGGAUCACCGAUCACCGGAUACAUUAUCGAGAAGAAAGAUAAAUACAGCACCAUGUGGGAGAAGGCCUUGGAAACUGAUUCUCCUCUGCCAAAAGCACUUGUCACUGGCCUCAUCGAGGGCAAUGAUUAUCAAUUCCGCGUAAUGGCUGUCAACAAAGCCGGUCCAUCGGAACCAAGCGAUGCAAGCAAAACCUUCACCGCUAAACCCCGAUUCUUGGCUCCGAAGAUUGAUCGCCGCAACCUCCGUGACGUGACACUCUCAGCCGGAUCGACCCUGAAAUUCGACGUGAACGUGAUUGGCGAACCGCCACCAAAAUGCGAUUGGCGAUGGGCGACGAACCCCCUGACACCCAACAAACAAGUCUCACUCGACAAUUCCGAUUACAACACAAAAUUGACGAUCCGCCCGGUGAAACGUGGCAAUACUGGCGAAUACACCAUCACCGCCAUCAAUUCCUCAGGUAAAGACACCGUUUCCGUAAUGGUGACAGUCACCGAUAAACCCGCACCACCAGAAGGGCCACUCAGCGUCACAGACGUUCACAAAGAAGGCUGUCAAUUAAAAUGGAAGCGUCCAAUCGACGACGGCGGCACUCCAAUCGAGUACUACCAGGUCGACAAAAUGGAUCCGGAAACCGGAUGCUGGGUUCCUUGCGGUCGAUCAACCGAGCCAAAUCUCGAGGUGACCGGCCUAACACCCGGCAAGGAAUACAAAUUCCGCGUCUCCGCAAUCAACGCCGAGGGCGAAUCCGAACCAUUGGAAGCAGAUCAAACGAUCCUCGCCAAGAAUCCCUACGACGAACCCGGCAAACCUGGCGAUCUCCAGGCCACCGACUGGGACAAGGAUCACGUCGAUCUCAAGUGGAAGCCGCCCUUAAACGACGGCGGCUCACCAGUGACGAGCUACAUUAUCGAGAAGAAGGACAAAUACGGCGAGUGGGAGAAGGCUCUUGAAGUACCCGCCGACAUGACCCGAGCCACCGUUCCCGAUCUCAUCGAGGGUCAACCCUAUGAAUUCCGCGUGCGUGCCGUGAACAAAGCCGGACCCGGUGAACCUUCAGACGCAACGCCGACAAUUUACGCGAAACCACGCAAUUUAGCGCCAAAGAUUGAUCGCACAAAUCUCAUCGAUGUGCGAGUGAAGGCCGGACAAAACUUUGUAUUCGACGUUAAAGUCACCGGAGAACCGGCGCCAAUUACCAAAUGGUUCAUUGGCAGUAAGCAAAUUAUAUCCUCAGAUCGUGUGAAAUUGAAGGAAGUUCCUUACAAUACGAAUUUGAAUGUUCGAAUGGCGACGAGAGCGGAGUCUGGAAAGUUCAUGAUCACCGCUGAAAAUAUCAAUGGCAAGGACAUUGCUUAUGUGAAUGUUCUUGUUCUGGAUAAACCAGGUACGCCUGAGGGACCACUCAAGGUCGCCGAUAUCACUGCCGAGGGUUGCAAUCUAUCCUGGAAACCACCUGAAGACGACGGUGGACAGCCUAUCGAGAAGUACGUCGUUGAAAAAUUGGACGAGACAACUGGACGAUGGGUGCCUGCCGGCGAAACUGACGGACCCGAAACUUCAUUGAACGUCGAGGGUCUUAUUCCAAAUCAUAAAUAUAAAUUCCGAGUUCGCGCUGUCAAUAAGCAGGGCAAGUCGGAACCGUUGGCGACAGCCACGAGCAUUGAGGCGAAAAAUCCAUUUGAUGAACCUGGAAAACCGGGAACGCCGAAAAUCAGUGACUAUGACACGGACUUUGUUGAAUUGGAAUGGAAGCGACCACCUUCUGAUGGUGGUUCACCUAUUACUGGUUAUAUUAUUGAGAAACGGGACAAAUACAGUCCGACUUGGGAGAAAUGUGCAGAAGUCGAGGGCGAUAAAACAACGGGAAGAGUCAAUGAUCUUCAGGAAGGAAAUCAGUAUGAAUUCCGGGUGCGAGCUGUUAAUAAAGCUGGACCUGGUGAACCAUCAGAUGCCACUAAACCUCAUAUUGCAAGACCGAAAAAUCUACCACCGAAAAUCGAUCGCAAAUACAUGAUGGACAUCAAAGUUCGAGCAGGAAGCUUCUUUGACUUCGACGUUCCCGUCAUUGGCGAACCACCACCAAGAAAAGAAUGGACCCUCAAGGGCAAUGUUGUCAGUGGAACGGAUCGUAUUAAAGUCACAAACGAAGACUACAACACAAAAGUUCGUGUUCUAGAAGCAAAACGUUCCGACUCUGGCGAAUAUACAUUAACAGCAAGAAAUUGCAAUGGCAAGGACGAGGCAACAUUGAACGUCAUUGUUCUCGAUAUUCCCUCGCCACCCGAAGGACCACUAAAGAUCAGCGAUAUUACGAAAAAUAAUUGCAAACUAUUUUGGCGACCACCAAAGGACGAUGGCGGCUCUGAGAUUCUUUACUAUUCCAUUGAGAAAUUGGACGCUGAGAAUAUGCGAUGGGUGCCAAUUAUGGAGGCAUCGGACACAUUUGCUAAAGUUGAUCAUCUCAUUGAGGGACACGAGUACAAUUUCCGUAUUCGUGCUGUGAAUAAGCAGGGUGAAUCGGGACCAUUGACAGGAUUGGAGAGUAUCACGGCUAAGGAUCCAUUUGGAAAGCCGGAGAAACCAGGAGCGCCAGUGGCGACAGAUUGGGACAAGGAUCACGUUGAUCUUGAAUGGACACCGCCUAAGCGUGAUGGCGGUUCACCGAUCACUAGUUAUAUUAUUGAAAAGAGACCGAAAUUCGGCACAUGGGAGAAGGCGGCUGAAGUUCCGGGAAGUAUGACUUCGGGCAGAGUGCCAGAUCUUACCGAGGGUCAAGAGUAUGAGUUCAGAGUCAUUGCUGUUAACAAAGGUGGACAGGGUGAACCCUCUGAUGCUUCACUGCCGAUCAUUGCGAAACCACGUUUCCUUAAACCAACGUUCGAUAAGCACAUGCUACAAGAUAUGGUUGUUCGAGCUGGUCAAAAGAUUGGCUACGACAUUCCUAUUGAAGCUUCACCGAAACCAGUUGCUUCCUGGACAAUUAACGGCGUUGACGUUAUUGCUGAUGAUCGCCACGAUAUCUUUACUACCAAUAUUAACACUAGUUUCGAAAUUCCAUUCGCCUGUCGUGCCGAUACUGGAAGAUACUCUCUCACACUUACCAACAGUCAAGGAAGUUGCAAUGCUAGUGCAAAUGUCACCGUCAUUGAUAAACCAUCACCACCUCAAAAACCACUGGACGUUUCCAAUAUUACAAAGGAAAGUUGUCAUCUCUCCUGGCUACCGCCCAAGGACAAUGGAGGAACUCCAAUUCUUCAUUAUGUCAUCGAAAAAAUGGAUCUCUCCCGUGGAACCUGGUCGGAUGCUGGAAUGAGCAUGAUUCCAAAGCACGAUGUAACUCGAUUGGUUCACAGAAAGGAAUAUCUCUUUAGAGUCAAGGCCGUUAAUAGCGUUGGCGAAUCCGAACCCCUUGAAACAGAAACUAGCAUCAUUGCCAAGAAUGAAUUCGAUGAACCCGACGCACCUGGAAAGCCGCGUAUUGUCGAUUGGGACAAGGAUCACGUCGAUCUGGAUUGGCCGGCACCUCAAAACGACGGUGGUUCUCCGAUAACUGGAUACAUCAUUCAGAAGAAGGAGAAAGGAAAUCCCUACUGGACGAAUGCCGUUCACGUGCCACCAUCGCAAACUAGUGCGACCGUUCCCGAUUUGACAGAGGGACAAGAGUACGAAUUCCGCGUGAUAGCUGUCAAUACUGCUGGUCAAUCAGAACCAUCCGAGCCCAGUGAUCUCGUCACAGCUAAACCUCGCAAUCUUGCUCCCAAGAUAAAGACACCAUUGCAAGAUAUUCGCAUCAAGGCUGGUCUGAUAUUCCAUGUGGAUAUUGAUUUUGUUGGUGAACCAACGCCAACAGCCAGAUGGACAGUUGCGAAUAAAGAACUCGAAACAAAUGAUCGAACCACUGUAACUUCGAUUGGAUAUCACACGAUUCUUCACACCGUGAAUGCUAAGAGAUCCGACUCUGGAACUUAUCACUUGCUGGUGAAGAACGAAAACGGAAUUGAUGAGGGUAGCUUCCAAUUGACAGUUCUCGACAGACCCAGUCCACCGCAAGGUCCUCUGGAGUACGAAGAAGUCACAAGUCAAUCCGUCACUCUCUCCUGGAAACCACCUAAGGACAAUGGAGGCAGUGAAUUGACUGGAUACGUGAUCGAGAAACGAGAUCUAACUCACGGAGGAGGAUGGGUUCCAGCAGUAACGCACGUUAAUCCCAAAUACAAUCACGCAACCGUUCCCCGACUCAUUGAAGGAACCAAAUACGAGUUCCGAGUUUGUGCCGAAAAUUUCCAAGGAAAAUCCGAACCCUUGAACACCGAUCGUGGUGUCGUUGCGAAGAAUCAAUUCACUGUACCUGGUCAACCGAGCAAACCUGAAUGCAUUGACGCCAGCAAAGAUCACAUUAAGAUUAAUUGGAAACCACCAAUUAGUACAGGUGGUUCGCAAAUUAUUGGCUAUGAUGUCGAGCGUCGAGACCGAGCAACUGGUCGUUGGAUCAAGUUGAAUAAAGAUCCGGUACAACAGACGGAAUACUAUGACGAUCACGUAACCGAAGGUCAUCAAUAUGAAUACCGUGUGUCUGCCAUUAACGCAGCUGGAGCCGGUAAACCAAGCGAUACAUCCGCCGUAUUCACUGCCAAACCGAUGAAAGAGAAACCCAAACUCUAUCUCGACGGUCUCAUUGGACGUAGAAUCAAGGUCCGAGCUGGAGAACCCAUCAAUAUUCAUAUUCCAUUGUCUGGUGCACCCACACCUACAAUCGAAUGGACCAAAGAUAAAAUUAAGAUUCCCGAAACACUUCGCAUAUCGUCUGAGACCAAAAGUGAUCAUACUCAUCUACUGGUUGAUAAAUCCGUUCGGGAGGACAGUGGGAAAUAUACGAUCACAGCCGUUAAUGAUUAUGGAAGAGAUUCGGCUGAUAUUGACGUCAUUGUCGUUGAUAAACCUGGACCACCUGGUGGACCGAUUCAUUACACUGGAACGACACAAGACUCCGUUUCGCUCUCUUGGAAUCCACCGGAAGACGAUGGUGGUUCUUCCAUUACCAAUUACAUUGUCGAAGUUGCCGACUAUGGUACAGACAAUUGGCGACAGUGUCCUGGAUAUUGUCCCACGACUCACUUCAUUGCAAAGGGAUUGUCCGAGGGCAAGAAAUACGUAUUCCGAGUUCGUGCCGAGACAAUGUACGGCAUCUCCGAACCAUUGGAAGGCAAGCCAGUUGUUGCCAAAUGUCCCUUCGAUCCUCCAGAUGCUCCAAGUCAACCGGAAAUUCUUGGAUACACGCCAAACAGUUGCAGUUUGACAUGGAAUCCACCUCUCAACACUGGUGGAAAACCUGUCACUGGCUACUAUGUGGAGAAACGAGAACGUGGCGGCGAAUGGCUGAAGGUGAACAACUAUCCAACGCCGAACACUUCAUUCACUGUACAAGAUCUUCACGAUGGUGGUCGAUACGAAUUCCGUGUGAUCGCCGUUAACGAAGCCGGACCCGGAAAACCGAGCAAGCCAACCGAACCGAUUACUGCCGGUCAUCAAAGACUACCUCCUGAUGCUCCCGAGCAACCGAAGCCCGAUCGCAUUACAAAAGAUUCAGUCACACUCUCUUGGCGUCCACCACGCAACGAUGGCGGUGCCAAAGUUCGAGGCUAUAUUGUCCAACAGAAGAAGGCGAGAGGCGAUGAAGACUGGAAGGACGUUAAUGGUGUCCCAGUACCAGCAAAUGUCUUCACCGUUCCAAAACUCACCGAAGGCGAGGAAUAUCUAUUCCGAGUUAUCGCCGUCAACGACAUCGGACAAAGUCCACCCAGUCGUCAAAGCAAUCCCAUUGUCGUCGAGGAACAACCCAACAAGCCAAUCAUGGACCUCGGAGGCGUUCGCGACAUCACAGUCCGCGCUGGAGAAGAUUUCUGCAUUCACGUCCCAUACGUUGGCUUCCCGAAACCAAUCGCCACCUGGUUCGCCAACGACAUCGUCAAAGACGAAACCGACUCACGCGUUCAUCAACAAUUGGCCGACGACUACGCCAGUCUCGUCGUCAAGAACUCAAAACGCUCAGACGCCGGGCAAUAUCGUCUCCAACUGCGAAACUCCUCCGGCUUCGACACUGCGACCGUCAAUGUCCGUGUCCUCGACCGUCCAAGUCCACCUCAAAAUCUCCGAGCCGACGAAUUCGCCGGCGAUGCCCUCACUCUCUUCUGGAACCCACCGAAAGACAACGGCGGCGCAGAAAUCACGAAUUACGUCAUCGAAAGACGUGAACCACGACAACUCGCCUGGACUAAGGUCAGUGGGUACGUAACAACUCCAUUCAUUCGUGUCCGAAAUCUCGAAGUUGGUUCCCUCUACGAAUUCCGCGUCAUGGCUGAAAAUCAAUACGGAACCUCAGAUCCAGUGACCACCAUCGAUCCGAUCCAGGCUCGUCAUCCAUUCGAUCCACCAGGCGCCCCGGGAGCUCCCCGAGGAAUCGAAACCACCGAGGACAGCAUCACCAUCACCUGGACCAAACCUCGUCACGACGGCGGUUCACCAAUCACCGGCUACGUCAUCGAGAAGCGUCUCAUGAACGACGACAAAUGGAUCCACGCCACCCAGGCCUACAUUCCCGAAUCAACCUACAAAGUCGGCGGCCUAAUCGAGAACCACGAGUACGAAUUCCGCGUCGCGGCCGUCAACGCCGCCGGCCAAGGCCCCUGGAGCUUGAGCUCCGACGCAAUUCGCGCCAGCGCACCAACCUGCCCGCCAAAGAUCACCAGCGACCUCAGCAUCCGCGACAUGACCGUCAUCGCCGGCGAACCCUUCACAAUAACAGUUCCCUUCAACGCUCAUCCAAAACCAAGACCCCACUGGUGCAUCAACGGCGAGGACGUCCUCACCGACGAGCGCAUCAAAUUCGACACCACCGACCACGCCUCCAAAUUUAUCAACAAAAAGGCCAAACGCUCCGACACCGGCAACUACACAAUCUACCUCACCAACACCGCCGGCACCGAUUCCGCCAGUUGCAAAGUCCUCGUCGUCGACAGACCCUCACCACCCCAGGGACCACUCGACAUCUCCGACAUCACUCCCGACACCUGCGCCCUCUCCUGGAAGGCGCCCUUCGACGACGGCGGCUCACCAGUCACCAACUACAUCGUCGAGAAACUCGAUCCAGCCGGUUUCUGGGUGAAACUCAGCAGCUUCGCCCGUCACACCCACUACGACGUCAUCGGUCUCGAACCCAACAAAAAGUACAACUUCCGCAUUCGCGCCGAAAACCAGUACGGCAUCUCCGAUCCUCUAGUCGCCGACGAGCCAAUAACCGCCAAAUUCCCCUUCACCGUUCCCGAACCACCGGGCAAACCCAGAGUCACCGACUGGGACAGCACCAGCAUCACCAUCCACUGGGACCGACCACUCACCGACGGUGGUUCCCGAAUUCAAGGCUACAAGGUCGAGUUCCGCGAUCCAGCCGACGAUGCCAAUUGGCGCAUUGCCAACGACUACCUCGUGAAGGACACCAGUUACAUCUGCUACGGUCUCCAAUGCGGACACGAGUACGAAUUCCGAGUCCGCGCCAAGAACGCUGCCGGUCUCAGCAAACCGAGCCCACCCUCCACGACCUUCAAGCUAAAGAACAAAUUCAACGUUCCAUCGCCACCUGGCACACCCCAAGUGGUCAAGGUCGGCAAGAACUACGUCGAUCUCAGAUGGGAAGCCCCGGCAUCAGACGGCGGAAGUCGUAUCACUGGCUACGUCGUCGAGAAACGGGAAUUCGGCGGCAGCGGCUGGAUAAAGUGCAACGAUUACAACGUCACCGAUCUCGAAUACACCGUCCUGCAUCUCAUCGAAAAGGGCGAUUACGAAUUCAGAAUAUUCGCCGUGAACGCCGCUGGAAGAUCCGAGCCAAGCUCGUGCACAACCCCAGUGAAGAUCUGCGAAGUCGAAGGCGGAAAGAAACCCGAAUUCGUCCGAUCAUUGCCGUUCAGUCAAGCUGUACCUUUGGGCAAGACCCACGUUUUCGAGUGCGAAGCGACUGGAAAACCGAUACCAACUUCUCGCUGGUUGCGAAAUGGUCGCGAAAUUACCAGCGGUGGUCGAUUCAAAAUGGAGUCGAUCGAAGGUGUGUACAGAUUGGUGAUCUCCGAGGUUUGGGACGCUGACAAUGGUGACUACGUUUGUCAGGCUAGUAAUCCGGUUGGAGUCGCGAGUACUUCCUGUAGACUUAAAAUCGGAACUCCGCCUAGAAUCGAUCGCCUACCGGAAGAUUUAUAUUUGCCCGAGGGCGAUAAUACGAAGAUCAAGAUUUAUUACAGUGGUGAUCAACCGAUGGACAUAAAACUAUCGAAGGACGGAAGGGAAAUUGUCGAGUCGACUCAUACCAAGUAUACCGUGUUCGAUGAGUACUUGAUCAUUUUUAUCAAGGAUGUGAACAAAGACGACGCUGGUAGUUACGAAUUGUCGAUCAAGAAUAAGAGCGGAAGUGUCAGUGGGGCAUUCAAUGUGAAUAUUACAGGUCUGCCCGGACCACCAACGGGACCACUCGAUGUGACGAAUAUCGAUAAACACACUUGUACCCUAACUUGGCAUCCACCGAAAUACGAUGGUGGUUUGAGAAUCUCGCACUAUGUGAUCGAGCGCCGGGAUCUUAACUACGAUAGAUGGAUUAUCGUCACUUCGUUCUGCAAGGAGCACAGUCAUGUCGUUCUCGGCUUGACGGAAUAUCAAGAAUAUUUGUUUAGGGUCAUGGCGGUGAAUGAGAAUGGUAUGGGACCACCUUUGGAGGGAACGAAUCCUAUAAAGGCGAAGGGACCGUUCGAUCCACCAGGUCCUCCGGGUACACCGAAGAUCAUUCAGGUUGGCGGCGAUUUCGUCAAUUUGUCCUGGGAGAAACCGGAGACAGACGGUGGGGCUAGAAUCCAAGGCUAUUGGAUCGAAAAGCGAGAGAUUGGAAGUCAGACCUGGCAGCGUUGCAACGCGCUCAUUAGUCUCACGAAUCAGAUGAAUAUCAAUAAUCUAAUCGAGGGAAGGCAGUACGAAUUCCGUGUGUUCGCGCAGAACGAAGCGGGACUCAGUCCGGAAUCUAAAGCCUCGACUUCUGUGAAGGUGAAAGAUCCUCUAGAAGUGAAAGCACCGGAAGUAUUGAAACCACUGGCCGAUGUCAAUUGCGUACAGAAUCAUAAUGGACACUUCAAGUGUGUCAUCAGUGGAUCGCCGAGACCGAACAUCACCUGGUUUAAGGGAGCGAGGGAGAUUGUGAACGGAUCCCGUUAUCAAAUCUACUCAGACGGCGAUUGUCACAAUUUGAUAGUGAUGGACGUAUUCGGAGAGGACGCCGAUGAGUACGUGUGCCGAGCGGUGAACAAGGGAGGCGCUAAAUCGUCAAAGGGCGAGUUGUUUAUCAUGACACCGCCUAAAUUGAACGUUCCCCCGAGAUUCCGCGAUCUUGCCUUCUUCGACAAGGGACAGAAUGUCGACAUCAAAAUUCCCUUCACCGGAUUCCCGAAACCGAAGAUCUCAUGGGUGAGGGAGGGCGAGACGAUCGAGUCCGGCAGUCAUUACGCUGUCGAGGUCACUGAACGACAUGCAAUUCUCACAAUUCGCGACGCUAAUAAAAUCGACUCUGGUCCAUAUCGCAUCACUGCUGAAAAUGAACUCGGACAGGACUCGGCGAUCAUUAAGAUUCAAAUCAGCGAUCGUCCGGAUCCACCGCGUUUCCCGGUGAUCGACAACGUGGGUCAUGAUUCAUUGGCAUUGAGUUGGAAACCACCGCUUUGGGAUGGUGGCAGCAAUAUCACGAAUUACUUGGUCGAGAAACGAGAGCAUCCAAUGAGCAGUUGGAUAAGAGUUGGAAGUACGAGAUUCUGUACAAUGGCUGUCAGUAGUUUGAGAGCUGGUAAGCAGUACGAUUUCCGUGUGUUCGCCGAGAAUGUUUAUGGACGCUCGGAGCCGAGUGAAGUAUCGCCAUUGGUCACCACGAAGGGAUCGAUUAAGAGGGAAUUCAAGAAGAAGGAAUAUAAGGUCGAUGAGACUGGCAAGAGAAUACGUGGACGAGACGAUGAGAAGGUGCAGAAUUAUGAUCAAUUUGUGUUUGACGUCUAUAGUAAAUAUGUACCGCAACCAGUGGAAAUUAAGCAUAUUUCUGUUUAUGAUAAAUAUGAUAUUUUGGAAGAAAUUGGUACGGGAGCAUUUGGUGUUGUUCAUCGUUGUCGUGAGAGAGCGACUGGCAAUAUUUUUGCUGCUAAAUUUAUUCCUGUGUCACAUCUCAUGGAGAAGGAGCUUAUUCGCAAGGAAAUUGAUAUUAUGAAUCAUCUUCAUCAUCCGAAAUUGAUCAAUUUACACGAUGCCUUUGAGGACGACGAUGAAAUGGUCUUAAUUUAUGAAUUCUUAUCUGGAGGCGAACUAUUUGAGAGAAUCACAUCGGAAGGUUACUCGAUGUCCGAAGCUGAAGUAAUUAAUUACAUGAGACAGAUUUGUGAUGCAGUGAAACAUAUGCACGAGAAGAAUAUCCUCCACCUUGACAUAAAACCGGAAAAUAUUAUGUGUCAAACACGUAACAGCACGAAUAUCAAAUUAAUUGACUUUGGUCUCGCGACGAAAUUGGAUCCAAAUGAAAUCGUCAAGAUCAGUACAGGAACCGCCGAAUUUGCUGCUCCUGAAAUUGUUGAACGUGAACCAGUUGGUUUCUACACUGACAUGUGGGCCUGUGGUGUCCUUGCUUAUGUUCUAUUGAGUGGCCUGUCGCCUUUCGCUGGAGAUAAUGACGUCGAAACUCUAAAGAACGUUAAAGCCUGUGACUGGGACUUUGAUGUAGAAUCAUUCCGUCAUGUGUCCGAUGAAGGAAAGGACUUUAUCAGGAGGCUACUUGUUAAGAACAAAGAAAAGCGCAUGACCGCUCACGAGUGUCUUAUUCAUCCUUGGCUGAAGGGCGAUCACACCAAUAGAACCGAAUCUAUCGACAGCAAUCGCUACAAGAACUUUAGAGAUAAAAUCCGUGCCCAAUAUGCCAAUUGGGAUAAAUAUAUUCUACCCAUCGGCAGGUUAGCUGAAUACUCUGCACUCAGGAAACUUCUUAUUGAAAAGUACAGGAUAGAAGACACCACAAUAGAUCGUAGACAAGCGGCUCCAAGAUUCGUCAUUAAACCGCAAAGUGCCUUCUGUUACGAAGGACAGAGUGUCAAAUUCACAUGUCGCGUUAUCGCCCUAGCACCGCCUGUUCUCACCUGGUUCCACAAUAAUCAAGAACUCCGUCAAUCCGUUAAAUUCAUGAAACGAUACAUUGGCGACGAUUACACCUUCAUUAUUAAUAGAGUGAAACUAGAAGACAGAGGAGAAUAUCUCAUUAGGGCGGAAAAUUCGUACGGCUUCCGAGAAGAAGUUGUAUUCCUCAACGUUCAACCUAUACCUAAGGAGAUUCCUGCAUAUCGUCGAGAAUUGCAACCAAUCCGAAGACGUGAACCACUGCCUUAUCACUGUUGGGUGGAAACGACAGAAUGCGCACCGGACUUCACUUUCUUACUCAGACCUCGUGUUAUGCAAAUAAGACAGACUUGCAAACUUUUGUGUUGCCUGAGCGGAAAACCACCGCCAUCGGUCAAAUGGUACAAGAACCAGAAAGAACUUUCCAAAUAUGAAUAUUCGAUGACACAUACCGAUGGUGUUGUCACGAUGGAAAUCGUCGAUUGCAAACCGGAAGACAGCGGCAAAUAUCGUUGCGUUGCCACCAACAAGCACGGCACUGAUGAAACUAGCUGCGUUGUUAUUGUUGAAGGUUCCGGCGAAACAGAAGAAGAAAUUCAAAUGGCCCAUGACUUUUUGCAUUCGGGAGAACGUAAGUUCAUUGAACAUCCUCUAAAACCACCAAUUCAACCAAUCGUCACAGUACACACUUCGUCGGGAUAUAGUGGUUACUCCAGUAAGACAACUGGACAGGACAUGUCGCGUAAUUAUUCUAGUUCCUCGUCAGCGUACAGAGACACCUCCAGUUCAUCAACUCUCCAACAAAGUUCAGCAGUCGACAAAUCUUCAUCGAAGAUAUCCACUGAGAUAAGCGGAAAAUUGAACGAAUUGGCAUCAACACCUGCGGUAGAAAAGAAAACGGCGAAGAAGUACGGCAGUAAACUCGAUACAACCGGCAGUCCAUCAAGGUCAAGGAGUGCAACUAAAGAAUUAAUUCAUCCUCCAGACGACGCGUCGAUGUGUCCACCUAAAUUCACUCAAGAACUGAGUGACAUAACAAUCGACGACGGAACUAAACUCGAAUUAGUCGCCAAAGUUGAAGGCGAUCCAGAACCACAAGUGAGCUGGACGAAGAACGAUAAUCCUCUGAGCUCAUCGGAAGUUAUGGAUCUGAAGUACAAAGGUGGUAUCGCGACUCUAACAAUUAAAGAAGUCUUCCCUGAAGAUGAGGGCACUUAUGUUUGUACGGCAACAAAUAGUAUUGGUUCUGUGACAACAACUUGUAAACUGACAGUCAAUCCAAUGGCAGCAGCGGAAAAACCGAAAGAAGAAGAAGAAGUGGAGAAGGCACCAAAAAUAGUCGAUCAUUUGAAGAGUGCCGCUGUCAUUGACGGCGAGUCCGUUACCCUCAGUUGUCGAAUUAUCGGCGCAAAGAAGUUUGAUGUCGUUUGGCUACACAAUAACAAGGAGAUAAAACCAAGUAAAGACUUUAAAUACACGAAUGAAGCGAAUAUUUACAAGUUACAAAUCGCCGAGAUCUUCCCCGAGGAUAGCGGUACAUACACAUGCGAGGCCUUCAACGACAUAGGAGAGAGUUUCUCGUCCUGUACCCUUAAUGUCCUUGUUCCCAACGAGGAACCCAAGAGUCCAGUGUUCACGACAUUCCCACAGUCGGCAACCGUGAGUGAAGGUGAAGCGGUUAAUUUUGCUUGCCAGACUGCAACUGCACCUUUAAAAGUAACGUGGCUGAAGGAUGGUAAGCCGAUUGAUGAAACGAGUAGCAGGUACACCUUCAGUGCGGACGGUGAAACGUCAUUCAAAUUAAACAUAAAAGCAUGUACAGCUGCGGACGUUGGACAAUAUUUAGCACGUGCUAUUGGCAAAAAGGGUGAAACGAACGCCGCCUUCGCACUCAAUGUCACUGCAAACGAUCUCUGAGUCUGUCGUUAAUCAGCCUCAAUCAUUUACGACUCAUUAAAUAAAAAACGAAAAAAAAAUACGAGAAAAGAACGCAACUGAAAAACGAGAGAACAGUUACGUCAAAUAUGACAUUUACCAUUAAUAAAAAUAAAAUAUCGAAUACAAUGAUAAAAAAAAAAUGACCUGCUAUCGAUGCAGAGUCGACGAAAAACUAACGAACAAUUAAAACACGAUAAUCGGAAGCAGGUCGUAAGAAUGUCAUCGAGUAUGAGAUAAAAAAUAUUCAUGCAUGGAAGUUGAAAGGAUUCUUAUUAUUAUUAUUAUUCUUAUUAUUAUUAUUACUUAUUACUUAUUUAUUACCGAUACAGCGUUUACAAUUUACGCGACUUCAUGCAUCGUGACUAGAAUUCGUUAAUUUUUUAUUUUCUUCUUUUCUAACGUGAUGAGGAAUUUAAUUUUAAUAGAAUUUUGCCAGCAUCCUCCAAAAAGAACAUCAUUUAUUCUAGAGAAAUUAAAUUCUCCCUCCCGUUUGGAAGGAGAAAUAGAAAAACAAAAUGCUGUCAACCGUGUAAUCAUACGCACGUUAUAUUUGUUUUAAAGACUGCUUCCACUAUAAAAUAUACGAUAAAAUAAAAAAAUAAUUAUAAA